AUGGACGAGCCACAAUUUCACGAAAGCAAUGGACUUCUCAAACCAAGCAACAACAACACGGACAGAUCCGUCAGUAAUAUCAGCGAUGACAGCACCAAGAAAAUGGACGACUGGAAGGUUACUCUUAUCAGUGGUUCCUGUGCUUGUGCUGUUGUUUUUGCUGUCAAUCUCAGUGUCACCAUCUGGUCAAGCGUGAGUCUCGAAAGCGGCCGGGAUGGCGUCAAGACGAGCCGAAGAAUUGUCUACGAGGGUUCAUGUUCAAAAACUCGAAACAUGAGUCUCCUGAUUCACCUCAUCAUCAACGUCCUUGGUUCAGUUCUUCUUUCCGCCAGCAACUAUGGGAUGCAAUGUCUUUCUACACCAACCAGAGCCGAUGUUGACAAAGCUCAUGCACAAAAGAGAUGGGUAGACAUUGGGAUACCCAGCUUUCGCAACUUGAGAGAGGUUUCAACUCGGAGAGUAAUACUCUGGUGGCUACUGGUCCUUUCCUCACUGCCACUCCAUCUUUUGCUCAACUCUGUGGUCUACUCAUCCUUAGCAACAUAUUCUUACAGUAUAUUCACUGUCGAUAAAAACCUCGAGCUACUCGAGAGAUAUCAUGUACAUGUGCCUGCACAUAACGGCACUAUAAAAUUAUUUGAUUCAAGGAAAAUAAUACUCAGUCAACUCAAUAAUCUCACUGCUUUAGAGUGCAUCAACCAGUAUGGCACAACUUUCCAAACAGAAAGUAUCGACGUUAUACUAGUUGUCGACGCGUCGCCGUCCGAAUUCGAAUCAAACAGGACACACAAGAUAGAUUCUGCAUUUUCAAACAACGUACGACGAAAAUCCUGUUACCCAUCGGAUUAUCAAUGGAUAUGUGGUAAAUCUUGCAGCCCUUGUCACUUCGAAUUACCACGAAUUAAACUUCAAUCGGACAAUUGGAGUCCAUUCGGUAGUAGGGUCGAAUACUGCCUUAGCGAGCCAGCACCAGAGAAAUGUCGACUCAACUUCGACAUCUACCUUGCGGGGAUCGUACUUGCAGUGAACUUGAUCAAAGCCGUCAUACUGGCCUUGAUUGUUCUUCGCCCACCAAAAGAGCCCAUGUUUGUUCUUGGAGAUGCUAUCCAAUCAUUCUUGGCUCACCCAGAUGAAAACUCGCGCGGAAGUUGUUUAGCAUCGGCACGGAUUGUCCGCGACGGUCUCUUUGGUCGACCAAGUAUCAUGUAUUCACAGCCUAAAAGACGCGGAGUUGCUGUUACCAAGACGCGGUGGUUCUUUAGUUUUGUCAUGUUUGGAGUUGCUUUUACCGUUACCUGUGUGCUUCUGGUUUGGGGUAUCAGAGAAAUCUAUGGUCCCCAGAACGUCAAGAGCCUCUGGAGUCUAGGAUUUGGAACCGCAAACGAAGUCACUCUGAUAAAAGGGAACGAAGGGUUUUCAGAUCAGCCGCAAGCAGGGGAACAGAACAUUUUCCCCAAAGUUCUCACGUCCAACCUUCCUCAGCUGAUAUUCUCUCUUCUGUAUUUUCAGUACAACAGUCUCUACACCUCCAUGGCUGCCGCAAAAGAAUGGAGUGAUUUUGGCUGCAAUCGACGUCCAUUACGCGUUUCCUCCAACCCGCGAGGUCAGCAACGUUCCCGCUAUCACCGCAUUUCGACGCCUACCGACUGGUAUGCCUGUGGCUGCAAGUUGUAG